UUUAGAUUGAAUAUUACAUUUACUCGCUGAACCACUUUAAUUACACUUGAAAAUAAGGUAACUUUAUUGGAUAGGAAAGAUAGCCAAUCAGCACACUUGGGGAAAGCCUUUUUCCUCCGUGGGACGUAGGCCUCACGUGAGGUCGGGGUCGAAAUAAGGCACGGAAACUUCAACCUAUAUAAGGACAAGACAUACGGACAUUUUAUGGUCGAACAUUGCUUUGAAUCGUGGAUACACAACAUCAUUUGACAUGGAUAAAGAUGUUAUAUCUGCCAAAGACUAUAUGGAUUUGCCGAGGAUAUUGGACGAUUUAAUGUCAAUGUCUCGACCUAAACCGCAAGACCAGAGACUAGAUGAAUACUGCCACUAUAUCAAUAUGGCGUUGUCGGAGUUCGGGCAGGAACGCUGUAUGGUGGUAGGGAGUACGAAAGAAGGGACCCGACUCCGUACACACAAUGACCAAGGUGAUUGGGACAUCUUAGUAAUCGGGGAUAUCACCGUACCAGUGGAAUGUCUGAAUUACAGGAGAGACCUGCCUUGCUUUGUACAUAUAAAUGGAACAUUCUUAAAGGAAUUGGGGAGAAAAGAGCUGAUUGAUGGAAAGUUUCUCCCGGCAACACUGGUGAAAAAGCCCUCCCCGCCACUCUUUUGUCAUCUCAAAGGUAUAUUCGACAUUUGUUGCAGUCCUCAGUCAUUUAAAGUCGAUGGAGUCCCAAGGGUAACGAUGGACACCGAUAUCAAACCUGGUACCAAUGUGACCGACUACACACAUUGGCACAGCGAUUUGCUAAAUCCUAGGACCAGUCCGAGAUUUGCAUGUGACAAGACAUUGACAGAGAAGGUUUUAAAGCGAUUGAACCAAUCAGAAGUGUUUCAGGACAAAGGCAACGGCAUUGCGCACUUUUUGCAAAUUUUUGCUAGAUUAGUAAACACUUGCAAAACACAGGAAUUUUCUGAAUCAUAUUUCUACCGACUGUUUGGACCUCUGUUCGCCGGUUUUGUUGUUGACCAAAUUGGAUCGUCGGAAAACAAUCGGAAGGAAAACGAAUCCAUCCCGUCUACAGCCGAUAGUAUCAGCGACAUAAGGAUCAACAAACAUGAAGAUCAUACACGCGAGGAAACUACAAAGCUACACAUUGCCACAUUAGGGAGUACUCGUACGCUUUCCACAGCUCAAUACGAAACUUUACCUUUUAUACAAAUACCAGCUUCAUCUAAAUCCGUUCGAGUGACAUACGCUCAAAAAUCAAUGAAGGAUUUCAUUCCCGCUCUCCGUUUAUCUGGCCCACCGAUAUAUAUAGAUCAGUGGACUUUGCGAAACCGAUAUUGGCCAAAUAAAAACGCGGUAGGUGCUAUCUCAAGAGGUCAGUUUUUCGUUGUAGCGAAACCAGCUGUUAAAGACGAACAGCCUGAAAUAGAUUUCUGUCUUUCCUGCAAUAUUGCUGAGAUCAUACUAGCGAAGGAGAUGCCCCCGGGUCACAAGAAAUGUUUGUUGAUGGUCAAGGCUUUCCAAAGAAGCAUACUGGAGGAAUUCUCUAAGGUCCUGACAACGUUUCACUGGAAAACCGCUCUUUAUUUGAUGCUUGAGUCAACCGACCCGGUCACCUACUCAGAGAGCAGUGAGGACGUACUGAAUGAGUUGAGGAGUCUCCUGACCUACAUGCGAGAUCGGUUACACGAGGGCUACCUACAACAUUACUUCUUCCCGAGCAACCUCUUCGCAGGUUUGGAGACGUGUGUUCGCGCUGAAAUGGUAAGAAAAAUAGAGGAAAUCUACCUGAACCCAGUAUGGUAUCUGAACGCAUUUCUUGUUCAGGAGGCUCAGGAAAAAGAAGUAAUUGUGACGAACGUGUCUUUUGGAAAGAUGAUGGAAAUGAAGAAGAAAACAGAAAAAGAAAUAGAUAAUUUUUGCGUGGACACACUUCUUGACAUAUUUGAAGGGUUUGGUAGACCUAAGUCUGCAAGUAAAGAGGGUUCAGCUGCAAAGCCAAAUUUUCCUAAUUUAGGGCUGAGGAUUGUAGAAUCGAUUUUAGCAGAUGAACGGUCAAAAAGGAUGGACAAGGAAAACGGUACCAGUGAAGCGGAACAGACUACCUCACUAAUAGAAAGCAUAAGGUCAAUUUUAACCGAGGUUUUCUUAAAUAAAGAGACGAACACAGCGAGCAGAACGAGUGAUGAAGAAAAAAUGAUCGAAAACAUAGUCUCGUUUUUGUCUUCAGACGAUUAAUAAUUGAACAGGUAAAUCUAGGUUCUGGAAUAAUUAAAACCUGGUUAUUGAUGCGAAUACUAUUUGUAUACGAGACUCUGUCUUUAUUUUGGUUCGGAUCAAGCGAUAUCAAAAUGUGGUUUAGGAGGGUAGUUUGAUGAUAGCAAGGUUGAAUACUGUAAAAGCGCAUUGAUGAAUUGACGUACAGAAACUAUAUGAAAAAACUAAUUAGCGUAAUUAUAAUUCGGCGCUGUAUUUGAACAUAGUGCUGAAUUAUGAUUGUGCUAAAUAUGUAAGCUUACAGUAGUUGAGGUUAUUCUGACACAGAUCAGCAAAAUGAAGAUUAAUAACGACAGGCAAAUCACUUGGUGACAUACAAACCUUAAUUAAUUCUCCAGCCAACAUGACUCCAAUAAGCCAAGUGGAAUAUAUAGAGGUUACACAACGAGUGGCUGUAGCUCGUGUUUUUUGUAACUUUUGUAAAAUAACUAACGAGAGUGAAAGAAAUACCAUAUACAAAAACCACGAGUUUGUGUGACCUGUUUCUACCACGAUAAAAAAAAAAAUCCGAGGAAAUGGACAUGUUCUGUAUGCAUAUGUGUUUUGUUUACGAUAUCAGAUGGGGCGUAAGGAUAUGAUCUGUAGUAAAAUGCCGCUAACUAAUAU